CGAGAAGACAGCGGCGGGGUCCGGGCUGCCCAUCUCCGCCAAACCCAAGGAGCGGGGACAGCACCUGAACCUUUACGGGCGCAUCACGCGGACGGACGGCGUCCGAGAAGAUGGCGGGCUUGCGCCCUCACAUUCCAUCUCGUCUUUCCUUCCCAGGCCACGGUUCUCACGGAGACGAGGGUCCGGACUCGCCGGGAACAAGCCCGCCUGCAGGUCCGGCCCGACCCGAGCGCCCACGCCAGGAGCAACCUUUUCACAGACGUCCACAGGCCGAUUCCAAACUUCGUGUGAGCCUGCGAAGGACCCGAGACCAGCGAAACAGCUCCGGGGAAGAGGGUCGCGUGGGGCAGCUCGCCCGGCCGGACCCCGAGACCCACCGCGCAGCCCCCCAGAGCCCGGACCGCGGGCCGUGAGCGUGAGGACCGCCCCCGAGACGGGAGCGGGAG